AUGUCUAAUAGACAUACUUUAGAUGCUCCAGCAGUGGUUUUUGACAACGGCUCUGGAUUCUGUAAAGUAGGCUUUUCUAAGGAGAUUGUGCCCCGUCAAAUAAUCAAUUCUGUUGUGGGGCAUAAGCGAUUUAACAUAUCUUUGGCAAAAACCAAGAACAAGAACUACCUCAUCGGAAACGAAGCCCUGUAUAACGAUGAGCCGCUCAUCCUUCAGCACCCCAUUGAACGCGGCCAGAUCACCGAUUGGGACGACAUGGGAAAGCUGUGGCAGCACCUUUUCGAGUGUGAGCUUGGCGUGAUACCCAGUGAGCAGCCAGUGCUCAUGACGGAGCCCUCCUUAACCCCAAGCCAGAGCCGUGAGAAGAUGGCAGAAGUGAUGUUUGAGAACUUUAAAGUGCCUGCUUUCUACCUGUCUAAUCAAGCAGUGGUAGUACUCUAUGCCUCUGCCAGUGUCACCGGCCUGGUCGUGGACAGCGGACACGGGGUGACAUGUACCGUUCCGGUCUUUGAGGGUCAUGCCCUGCCUCAUGCCGUCAGUACCCUCAACGUGUCAGGAAACGACCUCACCGAGUACCUCACCUGGAUUCUCCUGACCAGAGGGUAUAACCACUACUCCUCAAUCAACAAAGCCGUGGUGGAGGACAUUAAAGAGAAGCUGUGCUACGUGGCCUUGGAUCCAGGAAAGGAGCCCAAGCAAAGCCGGGGCAAGCCCCAGAAAGAAUACCGACUGCCGGAUGGCAAUGUCAUCUGUUUGGGGGACCAAUUGUACCAGGUGCCCGAGGCCCUCUUUACACCCAGCCAGAUGGACUUCCGAAGCCCUGGGAUUCCAGAAAUGAUCGUCAAUAGUAUCAUGAAAUGUGACACCGACAUCCAGAGUGCCCUCUUUAAAGACAUUGUGCUGUCUGGGGGCACCACGCUUCUCUCUGGGUUCAAGGAACGCCUCUUUAAGGAGUUGAAACCAACAGCUGAACAAGGAACUGCCAUAAAGAUCACAGCUUACUUAGAUAGGUAUAUAUGUGGGUGGGUCGGUGCAUCUAUAAUGAGCUCCACGAGUACUUUCAAGGACAUGUGGAUCACCAGUGCUGAUUUCAAGGAGUAUGGGCCAUCUGUGAUCCAGAGAAAAUGCUUUUAG